AUGGUUUUCUAUCGACAAACAUCUGCGGCCCAGCAGGUGGCUCUGAGCACACGUGCAUCGAUCGUGAUCAUUAAGACCGCCUUGAAGACGGAGAACUUUGAAGAGGCCUUGAAGACCUUUCGCGAGCUGAAAGCCUUGUGGACCGGCCCGAGCGCUCGGCGAAUGGCAGAUCGAAUGGCCAUGUGGGGCCCUCCACAGCUCCCAGGCAGAUUGUCGCCCAGCUGGUCGACAUGGCCUGCAAGGACACGCCGCGUAGCCCGCCCCUCUGCCGCUUGGUUCUGCACCGAGCCACAGGAGCACGAGCUGAAGCGCUUUCUGCCCGAGCUGGCGUCCGUGCCCCUCUCCGAAGAGGUCCCGCGUGGCCAGAGCGGCCACGGGAACCGCGUGGCCAUGGUUCGCGUGGAAUCGAGCGGUUUCGCGUGGCGAGCGGAACGCGUGGUUGGUGGUUGGGCCUGGCUUUUGGGCGUGCAUCUCAUGGUCAGCGAAGCUGUUCGAGAGAAGGAUGAAGAGCUCUUGGGUCAGGUGGAGCAACUGGCACGAGAAAAAGAGAUUGCCUUUACUGAGUCAACCUAUGGCAUGCUCAUCAAGGGCUACAAAGGAAGCGACGAGAAAGUGGAGCAGCUCUUUUUGGAGGCCUUGGAGAAGAAGCCCGACGCAGGACCUGAACUUUGCUUGGCCUUGCUCCUGUGCUGCCAGCAGACCAGGAACUUCGCCUUGGCGGAGAGGGCCUAUGAGCACUUCUCCAAGCAGAUGUCGUUGCCGAUCCUGGCGGCCUUCAUUCGCUUCCACUCGGAGGUGGAAAACUACGAGAGGGUCUGCGACAUGUAUGAAAGGGAUGCAUCGCCAUUGCGCGAGAAAGCCGCAGGGGAAGGCCGCAGCAUUUUGGAUUCUCGAAUGGAGUGCGGCGCUCAGGGCUGA